AAAAACCCCGCAUCGUGUGAGGUGAGCGGUCGAGACGAGAUCCAAGAUGAGCAGCCCCCGCCGCCGCCCCCUCUCGCCGGCGCCGCUGGACGACGACGACCUCCUCUCCGAGAUCCUCCUCCGCCUCCCCGCGCUGCCCUCCUCCCUCCCCCGCGCCUCCGCCGUGUGCAGGCGCUGGCGCCGCCUCGCCUCCGACCCCCGCUUCUGCCGCCGCUUCCGCGCGCACCACCGCCGCCGCAACCCUCCCCUCCUCGGCUGCUUCGUCCAAGAUAUUGACUCCAUCCACUUCCAACCUAUCCUGGAGGCCCCCAACCGCGUCCCGCAGGCCCGCUUCGCCUUCCCGAUCCACGCCGGCGACCCCCUCGGAUGCCGCCAUGGCCUCGUGCUCUUCCUCCGCAAUGCGGACCAGCUCCUGGUGUGGGACCCCAUCACCGGCGACCAGCACCGCCUUGACGUCCCCCCAGGGUUUGACGAGGACGACUCGGUCGGCGGGGCGGUGCUCCGUUCUGCUGCCGGCCACUUUCAGUUCCAGGUUGUCUUGGUAGGCAACAGCGAGAUAGAGCCUACACGAGCGGUCGCCUGCGUUUACUCGUCGGCGACCGGCGAAUGGGGUGACCUCGUCUCCACACCGCUCCCUCCCAAGGCUUCCAUGAGCUAUCGCUCCACCUCCAUUUCUAUGAACCAUCCUUGUGUGCUCAUCGAGGGUUCCUGUUACUGGUCGCUCGCUCAUGGUCCUGGCAUCCUUGCGUUUGAUUUGGAUAGCCAGAGCCUGAGUGUGAUACAUCUUCCAGUAGACCUGGCCCAUUACGACUUCUCGGUUGUGCGGGCCGAGGGUGGCCGGCUUGGUUUCUUCGUUGUGCCAGGCUUCAGCGCCCAAUUGUGGAAGUGGAACAGGGAUUGCGAUGGUGCGGCUUCAUGGGUGCUGGAAAGAAGUAUUGAAUUGGACAAGCUGCUUACUCUGAAUCCAGACGACGAGAGAGAGCGCCCAACUGUCGCGGGGUUCGCCGAGGAAAGCAAUGUGGUGUUACUGUGGUCAUUUGUUGGUGUCUUCACGCUCCAGCUUCAGUCAUUGCACUCCAGGAAACUCUUUAGAGUUAAACGCUGGUUUUGCUGUCUUCCAUUUGAAGGGGUCUAUACUGCAGAUGCGGAUAUUGGUGCUGGAGGCGAUGGAGCCAAACUUUUGCACAAUACAUAAUAUGAUUUGCCCAGUGCUAUCAUAAUGAGUUGAUUGGGCAGGUAUCGAAGGGUCAGGCCGUCAGGUUUAUGUUGGCUGCGAUGCAGAAGUGGAUUACGUGCUGUAGGUUCUCCUUCCAUUCUGUAUGCUGUGCAUGGGGCUUGUGAUGCGCUCCACAAGGGGAUUAACAUGUCCUGGUCAACCAUAACUUGAAACGAUCACUCCUGUAAGCUGCCGCCUGAUUUCUGCAGGCAAAAUUCAAACUGGCGCGAAGGGAAGUUAACUUUGCUUUGAUUGGCGCAUCAGCUAGAACCGUCCUGUCUGCUGCAUUUUGUGGCCCAUUGCUUGUGUUGUGCAUACUAUUUUCUGUGUUGUGCAUUUCCCCCCAGCAUGGUUUGCCAGUGUCCUAUGACAUUUUGUUCUCUUGUGUGUUGUCGAAAUUGUAUUCCAAAGAGAUGCCAUUGCUCCCAUGAUGCUUCUAUGGGUUGAAUUAAUUUGCUUAUUCAGUAACAAUGCUACUACUGGGACAGGCAGUUUUUCUUCUUUGAUGGUAAGAGAUGGAACUUAUAGACGACGUAAUGCCGGUGCUCUGGGAAAGAAGCUGAAUGAUCUGGGAAUUCCCAGAAGCACCUUGGUUUCUAAGACGGUCGCUACACCGCGACUCCGCCCGCCGUGCUCGACUUUGAGGGAUUAUGCUACUCAAGCAUCUUGCCGUGAAAUCAGAGAUGUCCUGGAGCACCAAGCCAAGAAUUCUUCUUGCACGUGUCCCUAAGGAUCAGCGCCUUGGAGCCACAGUCGUUGCCAUUGAAUCCUUGAAUAGAUCUGAAGCACUUGAAACCAAAUCUCGCUACACAAUGAGAAACCCUAACCUCACCGCUCCAUGGAGAUGCAGGAAUCUAUACCGGAGCUCCAUCGACUACGUCUAGAUGGACGAAUUCGAGGAGGAUCAAAGCCCAGAAGACAAACUUGAAGAAGAAGCACCCCCAUUCACCCGAGCGACGUACCUGCGAAGACCAAAAAUCCUAACAUAAACUACUAAUUGGAGCAGAGGUAUCGGAAUUCCCCUCCCACCAUCGACCGCCGAAAUGGCAGGCAGAGGGGAGAUGUAUCCAUGGGCUUGCCGGCGAAAACCUUGAGGGGAGAGUUUGCCCUAGCCGCGAAGUGUCAGGGAAGGAACAGUUUUCCUCCAUUGUCUUAGCAUGUACUUUAUGUUUAUUCACGGUUUAACACUGCUAAUAUAUAAAAUGUUUUAAUUCUAAUGCACAUAAUUCAGUCAUAGUCAAAUCCACAGUUUCGAACACCAUAAUUUCAAAUCAAAUUCAUUGCCAUUCAAUAUCACAUCGCAAAAUCUCACUUCUAAUGUUUCACUCACACUUGCCCGCGGCGUUGGAACCACCGGAUCCCUCUCGCACAAUUCUCGUACAAUUCUUCAAGCCACUCGGCGAUUGGAAUGUCUCCAUUCAAGGCCAUGUUCGGGCGAGAGCCUCGACACAGGGGAAUCUCAACUACUUCCGCGUGCACGGUUUCGGCGUUGCAAUCAUGGCUCGACGAGCGAGCGACCAUCCAGGACCUUCUCCAACAGCAUUGCAAUGUGCCCGGCUGUGCAUGAACCACCAAGCUGACAAGAAGCGCUCCGAUUGCACCUUCUCCUUCGGCGACCAAGUCUUCCUUAGGCUCCAGCCGUACAUCCAAACCUCCAUUGCCAAUCGUGCCAACCGCAAGCUAGCUUUUUGCUCGGCCUGAAGGUAGCGGAGGCCCAACCCAAGAGUGCAUGGGGCCCGAAUGGGCGUGAGCCACCUGCUGCCCACCUACUUACCUGGUUGGCGAGACAGCGGACCAGCUCAUUUCUUCUUCCUCAAUUUCUGUAUCCUCAUUUUGUACCCUAAACCGCCACUAAAUUCGUGUGAGAAGUAACAAAGCGAGAACCACUGUUAGGUUGCUAAUACACCCGCUUCCAGCCUACCCGGGAGGCCCUCGACCGCAUUCUGCACACCCGCUUCCUAGUACCCAUCGACGCUGGUGACCCUUUGGCUCCUAGGAUGUCGCCAUGGCCUCGCUCUAUCAUCCAUUAUACGUCGAACCAGCUCCUGCUUUGGGCCCGUGUUACCGGUGACCAGCACCGCCUAUCCAUUCCCCUGGGAUUUCAUGGUUGGCGGGAUGGUGCUUUGGCCGGCGCAUCUGGCAGCAGGAACUUCUAGGUUGUGUUCGUAGGCAACAACGAGUACAACUUGCGCAAGCUAAAAGUCCUCUAUUUACUCAUCGGAGACCAGCGAAUUGGGUGACCUAGUUUCCACCUCGCUUCCACUCAAGGCUUCUAUGAGUUAUUUUCCCACCACCAUUAUUAUGGACAAGUAUUGUUUUCUGAUCGAGAAUUUCCUUAUAAUGGUAGUUUUGGCAAAAAAAACUGAACCUGAGUUCUGGCAUCAUUGAGUUUGAUUUGGAUAGCCAGGCCCUUUGUGGAUGCCGUGAACAACCAUUGGACCAGACAAGUUACUUCGAGAUGAGUUGUAACUUAUCUAGUUCAAUAGUUUUCCCAGCAUCCACCCCAACUAGGCCUGGACAUUUGGUAUAAGCAAAAAUUUCGAUUAUUAGAUUUUUGUAUUUUGUAUUUUUUUGGUUACUAACCAAAAAUGACAUAAAACCAAAAGUUUGGUUAUCCAUUAAUUCCGUUUAGUAUUCAUUUUAUACCAUGUCAAAUGAAUAAGUUGGCUGGGUGGCUAGCACCUGUUGCACCCUAUGUUGUUAUAUAGCUGAGCUCCUUGCCCCCUUGAGCCUAGCCACGCGAGGUGGGACUAAAGAAGGCAACAAGCUGGCUACAACAUCCAUCUCACUGCAACAAAAAUUCCACAAACUGGGCCCGUGUGGAGGUGACCAGUUCGGCCCAAAGGAGUUGCACGUGUUAGACGCCCUCGCGUGGAAAUAUUUAAUCCAUACCGACAUGGUGGGCACGUGGGAAGCACAUUUGGGUUGUUCCUUCGCACAUUCUAACCUAAGCUCGGUUUUCUUUCGGUUAACCAUAGUAACACCAGACCAAUCGAAGUAAGUUCGGUUAGUAGAAGCAAAAAACCAAAAUUUCCUGUACAAGUAUAAGAAAACUAAACGAUUUUGUUUUGUUUCAGCAUCUGUUCGGUCUUUGGUUUUCUGGUUUAAUAUGAUCUAUCUGGUGCUAUCAUGAUGUAUUGAUUGAGCAGGUAUCAAGGGUUAGGUUUUCGUUGGCUGAGAUGCAGACGUGGAUUACUUCCUGUAGGUUUCCCUUCCGUUGUGUAUGUUGUGCAUGGGGCCUGUGACGAGGGAAUUGGCCUUCAAAUGUGGUAAAUUUGGAACGGUUACUUUUGUAAGCUAUGAGCUGCUGUGUUUGAUCUGCGCAAGCAAUACUCGAACUGGCAAGAAGAGAAAUUAACUUUGCUUCGGUUAGCGUAUCAACUAGAACCGGCCUGUCCACUAAAUCUUGUCCAUUUGCUUGUGACGCGCAUACUCAGGCCCAGUCCUGCGAUUUCGGGGGC